CGCACACCUCUCUCCCAGGUGAGGCGCUCCUGAGCGGGGCCCCUGCUCCGUCUCUCCAUGAACCAGCACCGCCCGCAGGAGCAUUUUCUGGUGAUCGGAGGCAAGAACUGCUGUGUGUUCCGAGAUGACUUCAUUGCCAACGUGCUGCCACCCGUGCUGGGGCUGGAGUUCGUGUUCGGGCUCCUGGGCAAUGGCCUCGCCUUGUGGAUUUUCUGCUUUCACCUCAAGUCCUGGAAAUCCAGCCGGAUUUUCUUGUUCAACUUGGCCGUGGCUGACUUUCUCCUCAUCAUCUGCUUGCCCUUCCUGACGGACAACUACAUGAGGAAGUGGGACUGGAAGUUCGGGGAUGUCCCUUGUCGGCUGAUGCUCUUCAUGCUGGCCAUGAAUCGCCAGGGCAGCAUCAUCUUCCUCACCGUGGUGGCCGUGGACAGGUACUUCCGGGUGGUUCACCCCCACCACGCUCUCAACAAGAUCUCCAACCAGACGGCAGCCGUCAUUUCGUGCCUCCUGUGGGGCGUCACCAUCGGCCUGACCGUCCACCUCCUCAACAAGAAGAUGCUGACCCCCAACGGCGCGGCCAACCUGUGCAGCAGCUUCAGCAUCUGUGAGGCCUUCCGCUGGCACGACGCCAUGUUCCUGCUGGAGUUCUUCCUGCCGCUCGCCAUCAUCCUCUUCUGCUCGGUCCGCAUCGUGUGGAGCCUGCGGCAGAGGCAGAUGGACCGGCACGCCAAGAUCCGCAGAGCCAUCAACUUUGUCCUGGUGGUGGCCGUGGUCUUCGUCAUCUGCUUCCUGCCCAGCGUGGCCGUGCGCAUGCGCAUCUUCUGGCUGCUGCACACGUCGGGGACGCGCGACUGUGGCGUGUACCGCUCCGUGGAUCUGGCCUUCUUUAUCACCCUCAGCUUCACCUACAUGAACAGCAUGCUGGACCCGCUGGUCUACUACUUCUCUAGCCCCUCGUUCCCCAACUUCUUCUCCAUGCUUUUCAACCGCUGCCUCCGGAGGAGGGCUCCGCCCGGCGAACCAGACAACAACAGGAGUACCAGCGUGGAGCUCACGGGGGACCCGAGCUCCCUCCGGAGUCCGGACGCCCUGAUGGCCGAGCCCAGCUGCCCGUGGAGCCCCUCGCACAUGGCCCCAAGCCCUCGCUAAGCAGUGGCGCUGGGAAAGGUGGAGACGGUGGGCAGGAGCCAGGUCUCUGCAGGCACGUGGGACCCGGUGUGUUGAGCUGGGCUUGAGGUUUCCUGAAACUUCUGCAUUCAGAGAAAUCACACAGUGGCGCAGUGGGCUGCGUGGUAACAGGCUGUCACUGCAGACACUGGAGGGGGAGGCAAGGGGAACCGAUCUUGGAGCUUCCAGGCAACUGAAGUCAUGCAGGCUUUAGCACCUAUGUUUGCAGGACUGAAGAUGGGCAGGGCUGGAACCCCUGGGUGGUUUGGGGUUUCUGACCUCGUGCCUGAGACGUGGUGGACGGUCUUCAGCUCCCAGGGCAGCAGCUGGCUCGGAGUGAGCUUAGCAGAGGCUGGGAAGGUUGGGGGGGACUCAGGCGUCCAGGAACCCGCCAGAAAGGGAGGAGGAAAAGGUUCAUAAAUUGUGCAUGAAUAUCUGAGUUUGCAGCAGCGGUGACAAGGGGAUUG